GCCGUAUUUUUGUGCUCUUUCCUCAGAGAGAGAUGCUUCAAAUCCAACUCGCAGCUGCAUGCCGUGGUGCCAGGUGGGUGGUGUAAUCGCCGCAGCACUCUCCAGUGGAUCAGCUGGUACUCAAGACAAGUCCACCUUGAGCCGUGCCUCCGCCGUGCUGGACACGGUCUUGUCCACAGCUUCAGCCGCCACAGCGGUGGUGGACGAAGAUGCCGGCAAUGCCAUGCUGGGGUCACUACUGACGAUCACCACGGCCAACAGUGAUGGGGGUGGCGACGCUGCAGCGUCAGCGAGCGUGACCGCCAAGGCGCUGAACUUGGUCUCGAAGCUGGGCCAGGUGAUGAUGAACUCACUCCCAGCAAACGGCACGCAGGCGAUCACCUCGGUGGAUGCCUCGGGCCGCGGCACGGAGUCCAGGCUCGCCAAGGUGUCCGCUGCGGAUGCCGCCAGGUCUGGUCUAUCCUCGCCUGGUGCUAAUGUGCCGAGUGCAGCACUAGGAGGGUCCCGGCGUUUGCAGGAAUGCAACGAUGUGGGGCUUCAGUUCACCCACUGGUUCGCCAGCAACCCCUACUCCUGGGCCAAUGCAAGCUUUGGCAUCAACAGCGAGAUUGCAAACAAUGCAACAGUCUCCGUGCUAGAGCUCUCGCGCUGCGGAGUGGUGGUGGAUUUCGGAAGCUCCGUCGAGGUGACUGUGGCCCUUCCAGAGAGGGAUGCCCAAGUGGACGAGACACCCACAUGCGUGAUCUUCGACCAAGGUGCUCAGGAAUGGGUCAGAGACAACAUCUCCUUGACCAGUGCAAACAGGGAGACCAUGACCGCGACCUGCUCCACCACCAGCAGUGGCACGUAUGCUGUGUACUACAGGCAUACUCCAUUGGUCGAGCAGCAGAGCAUCUCCACCCUCGUGGCUGUUGCUUUCACGAUUCCAGUGGUGCUGGUGGCCUCCGCCUUUGCUGGAGGUGCAAUCUAUCUCAUGAGGAAGCGUGCCAUUGACCAACGGCGCAGGAAAAAUAAGGCCAAGGUCUACCCUGAGACCGAGAAGGACGAAAGCUUAAAAGAGGUGGUGACCGAAGAGCCUCCUGGAGGAGAUACUGAUGCAGGAACUGAAGAUGAAGGAGUCGUCAGUUCACAGCCGGUGAUUGCGUUCGAGGAAGGAAAGAACAGUGCGGCACUGCAUGCACUGCGGCGACAUAGCUACGGGGAAGUGCCACAUCCACCACUGCCAUCUCUGGGAUCGGACCAUGAGCGUCCUCACCUGGAGUUGGAGCAAGGCCUCCCCGCCAGCCCGAUUCAAGGAUGGCCCUCGCCUGUGAGACCUUCCUCCAAGCAAUCCUCAUCGGCGACCGAGCCUGUUCAUGUGUCGCCGGUGCGAGUCAUCCAUCGCAGCAGGAGUCAGAGCCGGGAGCAUUCCACGGAGAUCAAUUGGAACGCCAGCCUGCCUGGAUCCGUUCCAGGAGAGAUGCCAGUGCACACGCAAGCCCGCCGUUCCAGGUCAAGGGAGCCGGCGGCGAACGUCCGCGUGGUCCGGAAGAGUCAGGACUCGACCAACGGCUUGCUGCGGGCCGCCGCGCUGGCCGCGGCGGACUCCGCCCUGCGACCGCCCUCCGCCUCGACAGCGGUGCAUUCGGAGGUGGAGCCCCUCGAGCCUGAGCCCAUCAAACGCGUGGUAGGCACCCGAGUGGACCCCAAAGCACCUCGAGUUCACGCAGCUGCCAGGGUGGUCGCUUCCAAGCGCAGUAGCAGUGGUGGCAGCACCAGCCCGGUGAAAGUCACAGCGCGGCGCACCUCAAGCGAGUCUCGGGCUACCCAGGUGGUGCAACAUUCGCGUCAAGGCAGCCACAUGAGCACAGCAGCCGGCUCAACGGCUGCAAGUGCCGCAGCGGGCUCGGCCGCAGACACGGCUGCCACCUUGCCGAGUGUCCGGGUGGUGGCACGAAAGGUGCGUCCCUCCAACAGCACCAGCCGUGAGUGCAUUGCUAAAGUGCGACAAGCUGAUGCCUUGUCGCCCAUCCACUCCCCGGCCCAGUCGCCCACCAACAGGACCUUGCCGACUCUGCUGGAUCAGAGCCCAAACUCAACGCUUCAAAGUGCCCUGUCGCACAGCACCUUGACAUGAGACACGAAUGUCGCGACGCAGGGGGAGCGGUCCAACCACGAAGGAAACGUCUGAGCAGAGGUGAAGAACAUGGUCGAUUCGAAAGUUCGAGCAGUUUCGCAAAAAUGGCCGAGCCCCUGCCGCUUCGCUUUGGCCUCAUGUAGUUUCAAGGCUUCAGCCCACCGGCAAUCUUGAAGAGAUGCAGGUGGAGCUUUUCAAGGCUUCAUUGUAGUUUUAUUGGUGAAGCCCUUGAGAGUUUCACACAAAAUCGUACACCAUGCCCGGUGCCGAAGGUGAAAAACGAACCUGGAGGUUUGGCACCACCCGUCGAGAAACUGUGCGUACUGCGCAACUGGCUUCUGCUGAGUCAAUGUGCUGGUGGAGCCUCCUGCAUGGGCAAAAAAUGGAAACUUCUGUCACUUGUGAAUGGGAA